AUGUCUCGACUUCUCUCAGUCCUUCUCCUCUCUCUCCCCCUUGCCCUCUCAGCAGACUUUGAAAGUGUGACCAUCAGUGCCAACCUCGACAACGUUGGUCACACAUGUAUCAGCAAGUGUCUCUAUUACACUGUUCUGUCCGAUAUGGGCAGGGCUAUGGGUUGUGAUGACCCCUAUGACAACAACUGCUACUGCGCUACCGCCGCUGCAUCUGCCAACAAGGCUGAUGGCUUCAUGUCCAAGUGUGCCACCUCAUUGUGCUCGGCUGGCGACCGCUCUCGGGACUUGACUUCCAUGCAGUCCUACUACGCUUCGUACUGUAUGGGUGCAGGCUUCACACAGCCUGGUGCUACUGAGUGGUACAACCCUGCUGAAGCUACAGAGGAGCCGACAAAUGAGCCUACUGCAGAGAGCACUGGUGGUAGUGAUGCGAGACCCAGUCGGACUGCCAACUCAGAUGGUGACGCGGCUUCAACGCACUUGACCAUUGUCACACAAACGGCAGAGGAUGGUGCUUCCAAGACGCAGGGUAAGUUCCUGCUGCUCAUAGUGAUGGUGCCUUUGCUGUUGCUUCAGGUACUGUUCCUGUGCGUGCCCCAUCAAGAGUUUCUGCUAACAUUCUGGCCACUAGUAAUCGUCGAAGCAACAUCCACUUACUGGGUCAACUCGGACGGAUCCCCAGCAUCAUCCAAGAACGAGGAUGGUGGCACCUCUGUUGUCAAGAUUGGCGUUGGCGUCGCUGUACCAGUGGUGGUUAUUGCUGCUGGCUUGUUUGCUUGGUGGUUCAUCAGACGAAGAAGACAACAAAAGACACAAUACCCCUGCACUACUCAGCCCCUCAGCGAAGUUGCAACUGGCGGCGGUCCUGCUGUCGUGGCCUCUGUUUCCCCUUCAACACCUGAGAGGAGGGACACUCUACCAAGAAAGCCCGUCGGAGCUUCAACAAUUUCUUCUGUUUCUUCCUUGUCCAAGACCAACGAGUUAUCAGGUAUUGGCGUCCAACGUGAACUUUCUGGGCGUGAAGUUCAUCCCUUUCCCAACAUGACACCCAGUCCCCCGAUCCAAGUCGCAGGACAACAUGAGAUGUCGGGCGAAGGAUGGAGGCCAAACUUGGAGAUGGAUGGUCGUGAUGCUCGUGUGGAGAUGUCUGGUGAAGCUAGGCCUCCUGAGCUCCCAGGCUAUACCAAUUCAGCGAAUAUGUAUACACCUCAUGAGAGUGUUCAUCGAUGGGAACUGCCUGAUAACUCACGUUAG